AUGCUAGCACUUCUACACGAAAAAGGAGUUCCUAGACCAGAUAUCUUCGACGAGGCACCCCUAGGACCACAUGUUUCAUGGGUAAAUGCCAAACUAGCCUGCAAAGUAUGGUUAGCUCCCGACAAAAAGGUCGGAAUCGCAUGGAAGGCACACAAAAACCGUCCGUAUCCUCGAAUGAUGAAUGAUCCGUUACCACACGUGUUAGUGUAUAAUGUCUACGAGCAUAUAAUGAGUAAUCCCAUCAUCCCAGUCGCUCGAGAGGAAGCAGAAGAAAAGUUCGCAGCAGAAGAUGGAUACAAAACCUGGGAUGCGGCGCCUUUGAUUGAGCAUCACAGGUGGGAUAUUCUGAAUGAAAGCGAGAUUAGAGACAUUGGGUCAUGGGAGAUAACGAGUAUACAACAGUUACUUUGGAAGCGAGGGCUUUCGUCAGAGGGUGAUAAAGAGGAACUCGUGGAGCGAGCCCGAACCGAUGAAAUGGAAAGAUACUGUGGGGUCAUGCCGCUGAGUGAUUUGACAAAAUGGAAGAUUGACCGUCCGAAGAAGUAUACUAUCCAGCCAAUGAAUGAUCACUUUAUAUCUACGUUGGAUAUGUACACUUUUGCCAUUCAUUUGAGCCCUUAUAAUCCCACCUACUGGGCAAGUCGAGCAUAUUGCCAUUAUCAGCAGGGUUUAUUUGAUUUAGCCCUUGGAGACGCGUACCGAGCAAAUCUUCUCUGCGAUGUUUUACUUAAGGGAAGGGAGCGCAGUCGACAACCAGGCCUUUAUAAACGGGUAUGGCAUGCUAUAGAACAGCAUAUACUCGUCGCUCCUCGAGAAGAACGAGCGAAAGAUGGGAAGCUAAAGUUAAAGCCUGUGGUGGAACGUCUACGAGAACAAGGUUCCGUAUACUUCGUAAACAGUCUCAAUAAAGCACUCAACAACAUAGUAACCCUCAAUUUACUAGCACUAGGCUGUUGGCAUGAGCUAGAUCCAAAGUACAGCAACCCCAGCUACAGCUUCAUCCGUCACGACCGCGAUUCAGACGUGCCGAAAAUCCGCAAAGAAAUAACCGAAGCAGUACGAGAAAGUCACCAAAAAGAAAUAGCCAACAACGAAGAACUAUUCUGGCACGAACGUUUCCAAGGCCGCGUCUCUGGUGAUAGAAAAUAUCCCUACGAAUCUACAGAUAUAGACCGGUGUGAGAAUGUUUUCCUGGAUAAGAUAAACAUCAAUUGCUUUGAACUAUUCCCAGAUACACCAUGUGAAGUAGCUGCAAGGGAAAACGAAUCAAUCUCAGUAUUUGCCACUCGAGACAUUAAAGCCGGCGAACUGAUCUAUUACGAAGAACCAAAAAUCCGAGGCCAUCUCUCACCUUCCCGAAUGAAGAGAGACAAAAAGAAAAGAAUUAUGAUGAGUUGUGAAAAUUGCCAAGCACGCAUCAACUACGACCAGUAUGAAUUAUACGUAGAACCUACCUCGUCAGCUCUCACAUACGAACGCUGCCUAUGCUUUCCACCAGAAAAACAACUUGAAUUACCCGAAGCCGACACCAGGGUAUUCUGUUCUCCCAAUGAAGAUGACCGUAACAACUCUUGUCGAGUAUUCGCCGGUAAACUAUACCAUUUCGACACCUGCGGUCAAGACUGGACAUGGCUAUAUAACUGCAUGAGACCUGUGUUCAAAACAUGGGAAAAGAAAGAAUACAUGAUCCAAACGAACGACAUUUACGGAACAAUGCACAGUCUUCUCCUCCGAAACAUAUUUGAAAUAACGCUAAAACGCCGCAACGUAAAGGGCGAUCACCAUCUUUCACCGCUGGAACUGAACGAGCUACUUAUACUUGACGACACAGGGGAACAUCAGAAAGGCAAGAAGUGGUUCCCCUUCUCAUACGCAGGUAAUAUAACUGUCCCCUUCGACAUCUUGACAUAUCUAGGCGUGGAUAUACUCCGAGACCUCACAUUCGACACAUGGGUCAUUCAAAAGAUCAUGCGCAAACUAAUCACCCAUGCUGUUCCAUAUGAUCUUAAACGUCGAAAUGAAGAACCCGAGCUUCAGCCACAGGAUAAAAACAAAGCACCCGAGCUCCCAAAGGAACAAAACAAGAGAAUUAAAGACAAAGAAAGGUUCACAGACUGGGAUCCAUCAUUUAUGAACCUCUAUCUAUUCUCAGGAUUUAGUCUCUUCAAACAAGUCCCAAUAGAAAACGCACAUUGGGGAUUCGACAAGAACGAAAAAGUACCAAAUCGAAUAGUAGUAUGGGCAGCAGAGGAUAUAAAAAGAGGCGAAGAGAUCACCAUUAAAGACCAGUACUAUAAUGAGAAUUAUGCAGAUCCAGCGAUGGAUAUCCCCGUUCUCCCGGGCUCUUACCCUGCAGCAGGAGGCAAAGUUGACAAGAAAAAUCGAUCAUCAGGAGACAAGGAUAAAGUCAACGAGAGACGUAAGAGACAAGCGACUGCGGGUAGAAAUGGCGAGGAAUGGGCAGAGGUAGAUGGUGUUAGUGUUUCGAUUUAUAAGAAUGUGAAAGACUCAAAUCCUCCACCAGGUUAUAAGAGGAAGAGAGAAACCUACUCGAAAAGAUUUUCACAACAUAGUGGUUCUGAUCAUUCUGAGUGGAGGAGUGAUAUUGAAAAGCUGCGAAGGCCACCGAGAGAAACUAAAGCGCAGAGGGAAAAAAAGGAUCAAGAAGCUGAAGGGAGAGCAAUUGGUUGCGUAUAG